UCUUGCCCCUAUCUCUCUCUCUCUCUCUCGCCUUCCUAUAUAAUGGCCUUUGACCAAAUUAAAAAGGCCAAUAGUGAGAGUGAAAUCCAGUCAUAUUGCCGAGAGGAGCAGAAAGCAAAACAAAAAGCACAAUCCCAUUCGUAAAACUAGCACGCAGGAAUCUAUGGCUUCUUGGAAGAAAACCAUCACAUCCCAGUUCAAAAAAGCCUGCACUUUCUUCAAUCAGCAACCACGGGAUAAGAAGUCACAAAGAGGUACUUAUUUUGUGGGUGCAGGGCAUGAAAACCGUGUUAUGGAUCUACAUGGGGAGGUGCAGGCAUGUGCUUAUGAGGAUGUCCAAGUCAUGUGGUCGAUUCUCGACAAGUCCAAGUCCACAGCCUGCCACAUCAAUUCCUGAAUUUUUUUUGUUCAAUUAGUUUCGCAUCAUCCAUGAUAUGGCCCGCUUCCCGCCGAUGGUGUUUUGCAUGUAUUGACAUUUGUAGAUAUGAUGUGCAUGGCGGGAUUGAUCAUCUCAUCGUGUUCAAGUGAUGGACGAGACUAGUAGAGAUCGCGUCGGCGGCCGAUCGUAGGAUGCUUUUGAGUUGAAUAGGAAUUAUGUUGGAAUUAGAAAUUAUGAGUCGAAGAAUUAAGAUGUUAUUUUAUAGGGAAUCCCCGUGAUUAAAUGAAAUCAAUGGAGAGAUUUUUAAUGGUCUUUUGUAUAUUUAUUUGAAAUUGUUUUUAUAUUAGAAAAUAUGUUUACUGUUAAAUGAUGGUGAA